GGAGUUACCCAGAACUGACUUGCAGAGAGUCUGAGGAGGUCACCUUUUUUCCCAGGAAGCCAAACGGCUGUGUACUGGAAGGACCCCCCCCCCCCGAGGUCUGAGCGGGAUCCUGGGCAGCUCCCCUGCUUUCUUUGGAUGCCUUUUCCCCUGGGCCUUAUCCUUCCCGACGGGCCUCUGGCCAGUUCCCUGCUCAGACAGUGAAGGGAAAGAUGUCUCCCCCUCUGGGAUCCUUCUCCCUCUGCUCAGCCUGAAGAGGACCAAGACCUGGCCCGGGCAGGCAGCCUGAGGGCAUGGCCCCCGGAGCCCACCGGCCCCCCUGGCAGGAGUCACUGACAUUCAAGGAUGUGGCUGUGGACUUCACCCAGGAGGAAUGGAGCCUCUUGGACAAUUCUCAGAAAAAGCUCUACAAGGAAGUCAUGCUGGAAAACUCCCAGAACCUGCUCUCUGUGGGGAUCCCAGUUCUCAGAGAAGAUUUGCUUUCUCAUUUUGAAGAUAAGAAAACAUCACCAAUCUUGGAUCAAAAAGUCCAAAGAAAUUCCUGUCCAGGAAUCCCAGUUCUCAGAGAAGAUUUGCUUUCCCAUUUUGAAGAUAACAAAACAUCACCGAUCUUGGAUCAAAAAGCCCCAAGAACUUCCUGUCCAGGGCCCCCCAGUCCCCAACGGCGCACCCUCAGAAAACACAAGAACAUUGGAAAACCUUGGACGCCCUUUACAACAUCACAAAGGCUGGCCUUGGAAAAGAAAUUCCAACAGAAACAGUACCUGUCAGCUGCUGAGCGAGCAGAGUUCUGCACCUCUCUGAGCCUCACGGAGAGACGGGUCAAGGUUUGGUUUCAGAAUCGAAGAGCCAAAGCCAAGAGACUGCAGGAAACUGAGGUAGAGAAACUGAAGUUAGCAGCCAAACCCCUUUUACGUUCUCUUGCCCUGCCUUUACCAUUGGUGACCCACCUACAGGCUCCACCUGCUCUGUGUGGGACCCCCAGCACCUUUCCUCCAGGUACCACGCAGCUAAUGCCCAAGCUUUUUACGACCCCAGUCAGUUAUAACAUGUUUUAUCUGUCUUAGAGGAUACUAGUCUGCUAAUAUAACACCAAAGACUCAAAAAGCGUGGAUUCCUUCAUAAGCCCUAGGCUUAAACCUGCAAUCCAGGUACCUGAAAAGGAGCUAGAAACGUGGGCCACACAGUACAGCUUGCUCUAUGAUGGGGAGAGAGAUCCCAUAGUGGGCAAAAAUUCCACGUGUGAACUGCUUGAGAUUGAAACUCCAGCUGGCCGGUAUAAGUCUAAUCCUAUCUAGGAAUGUGUGCCAUUCUAUUCAGAAAUUGGGGAGAGUGAGCAGAGAAACUCUAGAUCCAAGGUUCUAGGUUCCCAGAAGAGGAGUCCCAACUUAUUCAGAAGAGUUUAUGAAAUUAUACUUGGGAUUUGGGUUUUUCUUUUUUUUACCCCAGCCUCUGAAGCUAUCUAAAUAUAGAACCAAGGUACCAAGUAAGCUAGUAGUCCAGAGUGAAUAUAGUCAAAACCCAGAUAGAUAAGGACCCCUUCCUGAUAAAUAUAAAGGAAAGCAGGUCCCUGGUAGCAGCCCAUGGAAGUCAUCAUAGUUUUGCUUUUCAGUGUAAAUGUCUUGGGAUUUAGGAUUCAGAUCUCUACCACUCUCCACAGUAAAGCAUCCAUAGCACUGACUUUUGUAAGUACCACGCCUUUUGAUUUUCUUUUUUUUUUUUUAUCUGAUUGAUAUGAGCUGUUUCUGAAGCCAGGAAUUACUUGACAGUGCCUCUUAUAGAUAUUUAAAAGAUGUAUUUUUAAAAAAUAAUGUGUAUAUCAGAAUUAAAGAGCAUUUAUGAAAAGACUGUACAUAAUUUUGUACAAUGGUCUCAAAUAAAUUAUAAUAAAAAUUUUCUAUUUUGUACAAAUCAAUCAA